AUGAGUGAUUAUGAAGAUGAUGAACAAUUGAUGGACUAUUCACAACUACUCAAGAAAAACCAUAAGAAAUUAAAGCGUGGCUCAAAAGCAAAUGAUACAGCUCAUGUCGAUAUUGAUCAACUAGACAAGGCGCGUUCUGCUUUGUUUGAAUGCAUAGGCCAAGUCACCAAAGUCAAGAAUACUAGUCGAGGUGUAUUGGCUACUACAUUUCCUUAUUACACAAGCAUUCUUCAGAACAAAGGUACUCAUUUGCACACCAUGGGCUUCUCAAUUAAAGGUGUUAUUACAUUGUAUCCUGAAGAAGCUGCUUUUCUUGUCUCUCGAAGUGCAUUGAUAGUAACAGCACAAGAUAAACCUAUUUUGUUUGAAGACUAUUGUCAGAUUCUAUGUGAGAAGGGCGAUAACUGGAUUACAUUUGAAAAGUAUCAAGUUUAUGCUUAUUUAAAACGACUGGGAUUCAUUGUCAUGCGAGCCCAUAGGCCUAUACCAACUCCAAAGGCACCUAUUCAAGUAUCAGUCUGGAGAUACCUUUUGAACAGAAUGACAGCAUGGAUUUAUGAUCCAAAUAAGAAUAGACCUCUUGCAUGGAAUUAUUCACACAGGACAUAUGCUUCUGUUUAUUCUACAUUACAAAUUAUCCCUUCUAGUCCUUGGUAUAGACCCUUUAUGACCUUUGUUGAUUGGUAUGUCUAUAAGCCAAAAUCAGGUUGGAAAAAGAAAGAUCCUGGUGUACCUGAUUUUAAAGUGAUUGUAAAGAAUAUCCAUGAUCCCAUGCCUUCAUUAGAUGAACAGGCACAGUUAUUCACUCAAGACAAACAGUUUAUUGUGGCUCUGGUAGGAGAUGCAGAGAGUAUUACUUUUCUGAAAUUAGCAGGUGAUGAUAUGCAGGACAUUUCACAGCGCAUUCAACCUAUUCCAUCUCAAAAAAGAAGGGGAUGA